AUGCAAGCAAUCGAGGUUGUUCUGCAACAAAAGCCAAGAAUGAGGACCAUCCAAGUCGGUUCGUCAUUCUUUGACUAUCCAACUGGCCGUGAGAAGGACCUUGGUGGUGGUGUACAAGUGUGGAACGGGACGUUCGUUAGCAUACGUCCGACUCAAUGGAAAAUGAUGUUGAAUGUCGAUACUUCUGCCACAAGUUUCUAUAAAGGACAGCCUGUGUUAGAUUUUAUGUGUGAAUUCCUUGGCCUCCGAGACUACCCAAGACGCUUAAACAAGUUUCAAAGAGAAACAUUUGCUAAAGAAAUAAAGGCAAUAAAAGUUGAAACAACAUAUAUGAAGAGAAAACAAAGAGCCAGCGGUCUGUCAUUCAAGUCGGCGAGAGAUGAACGUUCGAUUGCGAAGGUCGGAAGGUGUCGGUGUUAAAUUACUUCUAGGAAAAGUAUGACGUCAGUUUGCGAUAUCCGGAUCUACCAUGUGUUAAGAUCGGUCAGAGAAGCUUCAUCCCCUUAGAGCUGUGUCAAGUUGUCCAUGGCCAAAAGAAGCAGCGUAAAUUGACUGGAGCAAAAACGCAGCAGAUGAUUCGUUACACCACUAUACCUGCACCAGAUCGUAUGCAGAAAAUCGUGGAGUUGAUUCGAAAAUUCCACUACGAAGGUGACCCAUAUUGCCGAGACUUUGGCAUCAGUGUUAGCAACAAAUGGUAA